AUGGAUCUCUUGAAAGAGCUCCAGAAUAAUUGGAGAUAUGUAUCUCAAAGUGUUAACUUCCAAAGGAAUCGUCCGUUCUCUACUGGCUUGUCCGUUAAAGUACCAAACACACCGAAUUUUAAUGUGAAGAAAAACUCUGGUUUCCAAAGGCGGAGUGAUUCGUUUAUUCCACCUUUUCUAGUUCCAAACGUUUCCGAGGGUCAAGUGUACUCUCCAAGCGAUUUGAAAUUUGAAACGGUGGAAGCACGAAAUCAAGCCAAUUUCUUCAAUGCCAAAAAAAACGACUGCUUUAAGGCUGCUAAUAAGAGUCCAAUAGAAUUUUGGAAGAACCCUGUUGUAUUGUCCAGUUUUAUUACUGACCUGGGUCGUAUUAAGCCAAGAGCGGAUACGGGUUUGAGUGCAAAGAACCAAAGGCUUGUUUCUCGUGCCAUUCGUCGAGCCAGGGCAGUGGGAGUUUUACCUACCAAACAUAAGUCUGUAUAUGCAGAACGAGAAAAGUAA